CCCGGACGACCACCGUGAAGGCUCCAGAGCCUCGGGGUCGGGGCUGCCGCGGCGCUCCGGCUCCUCCUGAGCCGCCGGCUGGCCGCGCGCCCCGCCCGGCCCCAUCCCUUCCCAACGGCAGGGGACGGGCCUGUGCGGCCGGAGCGGCCGGGACUGGAGAAUUCCAGAGGCAAAAAGAAAAAAAAAAGAUUAAAAAAAAAAACUGUGACUAAAGUCUGUGGACACUUCAGAAACUACUUACAUUGAUUUUCAAGAUCCUUUGUUCUUUCUCAGUAUUACUUGAUGGGAGGCAUUAUGGCCCCCAAAGACAUAAUGACAAAUACUCAUGCUAAAUCCAUCCUCAACUCAAUGAACUCCCUCAGGAAGAGCAAUACCCUCUGUGAUGUGACCUUGAGAGUAGAGCAGAAAGACUUUCCUGCCCAUCGGAUUGUGCUGGCUGCCUGUAGUGAUUACUUCUGUGCCAUGUUCACUAGUGAGCUUUCAGAGAAAGGGAAGCCUUAUGUUGAUAUCCAAGGCUUAACAGCCUCCACCAUGGAAAUCCUGUUGGACUUUGUGUACACAGAAACGGUUCAUGUGACAGUGGAGAACGUACAGGAGCUGCUCCCUGCAGCCUGUCUGCUGCAGCUGAAAGGUGUGAAGCAAGCAUGCUGUGAGUUCCUCGAAAGCCAGUUGGACCCCUCUAAUUGCCUGGGGAUCAGAGACUUUGCUGAAACUCACAACUGUGUUGACCUGAUGCAGGCAGCUGAGGUUUUUAGCCAGAAGCAUUUUCCGGAAGUGGUGCAGCAUGAAGAGUUCAUUCUUUUGAGUCAAGGGGAAGUGGAAAAGCUGAUCAAGUGUGAUGAAAUUCAGGUAUGCAUUUGGCUGGCUCUUAAAGCUUUCUUUUUUUUGUGCCAGGACAGCCACCUGAGCCCCUGCUACCCCCACCUGGCCUCCCGGGCCAAGCUUCGCUUCUUCAAGCAGCUCCGGGAGCUCCGAGAAGUUCUAACACUACGUUGGUGGACGAGUUGCAGUCACUCAUUCAAGGCUUGCUUUGCCUCUCUUGUGAGUCAGGACUAUGUCAAUGAAACUGAUCAGGAAGAAAUUCGAACUGGUGUUGAUCAGUGUAUCCAAAAGUUUCUGGACAUUGCAAGACAAACAGAAUGCUUUUUCUUACAAAAAAGAUUGCAGUUGUCUGUCCAGAAACCAGAGCAAGUUAUCAAAGAGGAUGUCUCAGAACUAAAGAAUAAAUUGCAGCAGAAGGAUACACUGGUCCAGAAGCACCUGACGAAGGUGCAGCAUUGGCAGCAGGUGCUGGAGGACAUCAACCUGCAGCACAAAAAGCCAGCGGACAUCCCUCAGGGCUCCCUGGCCUACCUGGAGCAGCCUUUCAUCCGCUGUAGCUUACAGUGCAGAGAUCUAGUUGAUGAAGCAAAGAAGUUCCAUCUGAGGCCUGAACUUCGGAGUCAGAUGCAGGGACCCAGGACAAGGGCUCGUCUAGGAGCCAAUGAAGUGCUUUUGGUGGUUGGAGGCUUUGGAAGUCAGCAGUCUCCUAUUGAUGUGGUAGAAAAAUAUGAUCCUAAAACUCAGGAGUGGAGCUUUUUGCCGAGCAUCACUCGCAAGAGACGCUACGUAGCCUCAGUAUCCUUACAUGACCGGAUCUACGUAAUUGGUGGCUAUGAUGGCCGCUCCCGCCUCAGUUCAGUGGAGUGUCUAGACUACACGGCAGAUGAGGAUGGGGUCUGGUAUUCUGUGGCCCCUAUGAAUGUCCGACGAGGCCUUGCUGGAGCUACCACCCUGGGAGAUAUGAUCUACGUCUCUGGAGGCUUUGAUGGAAGCAGGCGUCAUACCAGUAUGGAGCGAUAUGACCCAAACAUUGACCAGUGGAGCAUGCUGGGAGAUAUGCAGACAGCUCGAGAGGGUGCAGGACUGGUUGUAGCCAGUGGAGUGAUAUACUGUCUAGGAGGAUAUGAUGGCUUGAAUAUCUUAAAUUCAGUUGAGAAAUAUGAUCCCCAUACAGGACACUGGACUAAUGUUACACCAAUGGCCACAAAGCGUUCCGGUGCUGGAGUGGCCCUACUGAAUGACCAUAUUUAUGUGGUGGGGGGAUUUGAUGGUACAGCCCACCUCUCUUCUGUUGAAGCUUACAAUAUUUGCACUGAUUCCUGGACAACUGUCACUAGUAUGACCACUCCACGAUGCUAUGUAGGGGCCACAGUGCUUCGGGGAAGACUCUAUGCAAUUGCAGGAUAUGAUGGGAAUUCCCUGCUGAGUAGCAUCGAGUGCUAUGAUCCUAUCAUUGACAGCUGGGAAGUGGUGACGUCCAUGGGAACCCAGCGCUGUGACGCGGGGGUGUGUGUACUCCGAGAAAAGUGACCACUGUCGGAGCAGCAUCCGGAGCUAGCAACCAGUCCCAGGGACACUUUGUGGGAGAACCAAGGAUCCUUUUCAGAAUGUCUGUAUCUCACUGUGUGCACAGGGUGAUUACAGGCACCAGUGCAGUGAUGAUUGUAUGUAUUUGACUGACCCACUCUCUCUCUUGUGCUGAUGGUAUCCCUCUGAAGGGUGAGUCACAGAUGCUCCAGGGAAGAGAAUGUACAUUGAACGGGUGUGAGACCAGGCCUUGCCUCCCUCUGGUCUGGGGAGCACUUCCUUGUCCUUUCUCACGUACCUUGUACUUGGGAGAAUAUAUGUAUAUGUGUAUGUUGUGCCUCGUAUAUUGCAGAGAACUCUGAGUAUGGCCUGCUACAGGGGACAGACAGUAACCAGCCUAGAUCAUUGGAAGGAUACCAACUUGCAUAACUUGGUAAAAGCCAAGUCUUUCCUUUUCAAUCUUUUUUCCAUGAACAAAUAUGUUUUCUAACCUACAGGUAGCUAGAGGCACCACAAUUCCAUUCUUGAGGAAAAUGAAGGGAGAGCCUAUCAAGUUGGAGGUUAAGGGGAGAGAUUCAUAUUAUGCUCUCUUAGGGAACAGGGUUGGUACACCAAAAACUGAGGGUAGAGAAAGUAACCUGCAAAUGAACUCGAUGGGACGCAAGUGAGCCUGGAGCACCGCUGAAGGGAGCCUGGAGGACCGAGAAGGAUGUACUGUUGGAAGGAUCUUUUUAUUUCCCCAAGGUCUUUCUAAAGUAGAGUGGUGAGCAUCUUGGCACUGAAGACUGUCAGAGAUUACAGAUGAAUCCAUUGUUGAGAGAGGAGAGGACAGAAGUGCGGGAAUUCAGUGUACCUGGGGAUAAACUACAAUGUCUUACUCCCUGCCAGGGCUCAUGCAGCCAUGGCACUGUUUGUCUUGAAUGGGUAAAUGACCAUCUUUUGUUGUUGUUGUUGAAUCACAUACUGCUAUAUUACUACACUCCACACUUAUUUAUUUGGGGAUGGGUUGGGGGUGUCAGCAACCCAGAAGUUCAGCUACCUGAUUACUGCCUCAUUCUUUCAAGGGUUUACUUCUGCUGAGAAGUGUUUUUCCUGCUGUGUGUGGUGCGUUUAGUUCUCUUCCUGCUACAAGUUACACUUUGUUGUCUUUGGAAUGAAUUGUAUUCAUCUCAAGACAGGAUAACUAAGGACAACCAAAAUAUUUCUGUUCAUUCCCGUACCUGUGCUAUCGCUAUUUCUGAGCUGUUCUUCAAGGCUCCUCUAUAUCUCGCAGUGAUUUCUUGCUUUAUGAGUGCUGGCAGUGUGGGAAUGUGAUAACCUAAACAAGGUUGCCCUUUCCCUUUGCUCUGGAAUUCCAUUUUUUCCUGCUGUCCCUAAGUUGUAUUGACCUAUGGAGUUAAUUUCCUUUGUAUUUUUUUAAGAAAAUAAUAAAAAUCGGCUGUUUCAAAUA